AGAUACGAGAAAGCGUCGCCCCAUCGUCGCUACGGAGAGAGGGACGGUUCCGUGUAGUUAACAGACUCUUCUGUGUACACACUUAGGACAACUUACUAUUAUGGCAGUCUGUGGGAAAGGCUUCUCGGUCGCUUCGACAACGACUCUACCAACUUAUAACGUUUGUAUAUCCACGCUUCUGUGCUACUAAUGCAUUGGUCUACUUUGGUAUGACAGAUAAAGAUUAGUUAGCAUGCUAGCGAGCUAGCCACACUGCCUCAGCCUCACACAGCGACCACACUUGCCAGUGACAGUGUGGCUGCAGGUUCCUAGCAGAAAUGGGCAAACUACAGAGCAAGUUUCGCAAGAGGUCUGACAUCUACAGGGAGUCUCCAGGGGAGAAGGCUGAUCAUUUUGACAGUCAGGUGGUGCAGUAUGAACCUGCUCAUCAAGGGUCCAUAAACACUGUCACCAAUCUCAGCCCAGAGCUGUGUGUUUCUGGUGGGACUGACCAGGCUGUGGUGGUGUAUGACUGGAAACAAGGCCGAAUGUGUCAGUCCUUCCAGGGUCACAACCGAGAAGUUACCAAGGUGAUGUGUUAUCCGGGAAGUACAUGGAUCUUUAGUGCCUCACGGGAUAAGACGGUUCUGAUGUGGGACCUAAACCAGGGGGACGAACCUAUUCAAGAAUUUUGUGGGCACGAGUUGGUGGUCAAUGGACUAGCAAUCAGCCCUGAUGGGAGAAAGCUGUGCACCGGUUCUCGUGACAACUGGAUGUGCCUGUGGGAUAUAGAAUCCUCUAAAUGUGAACAGAGACACAACAUUUCCAGAAACCUGGUUACUCAUGUGUGUUGGGUGCCAGGCAGCUCCGCUGUAGUCCAGACCUCUGAGGAUAAGACCAUAAGGGUGUGGGACAGCCGUGCAUGGCAGGUGACCAAUACUUUUCCAGCCAAGCAAUACAUCCAGACCCACUGUGACGUUUCUCCAAAUGGAAACUAUCUGGUGUCCAGCAGCAAUGGCUUUGGAGGCCAAGGCUGUGAAGCUACGCUUUGGGACCUGCGUCAGCCUGGCUGUAAAGUUGUGGAGUACAGAGGCCAUCUGCAGACCACAGCCUGCUGUAUGUUUCUGCCUGUUCCUCCUAGUGGUACAGCUUGGGUAGCCACAUCCUCCCAUGACGGCUCUGUCAAAAUCUGGGAUCAAAACACAGCAGUCUGUUUAGGGACAUUGUCUCUGGAUGCUGCUGGUCCACUGGUUUCUCUGGCUCCCAGUGACUCGAACAAUCUACUGUGUGCCAGCUUCAACUCUGGCCUCCACCAUAUCCAGGUGGACCAGGGAUCAAACCAGGCUCAGGGUUCCGGGGCAGGUUCAGGUGGAGCUGGCGGCCUUGACAUAAAAGUUUUGGCACGCUUCUGACAGCCCAGAAGAACCUGGUGUGACUCGUAACCAUGACAUAUGAACAGCCAGUGACUCAUGUCACUUCCUUUUUUGUUUUGUUUUUUUAUAAUUUUACACAUUUCUAGAGACAUUUUGCUUUACUAGACUGCCAUACAGUAAAGAAUGACAGAGGAGAUCAGUGAGACAAAGAGGGGAUGAUAGUGACGAGUGUGGAGGAUGCACCUGUUGUCCAGCCAGAGCCACCUGGAUGUCCAUCACAGCUACUCUUUUCAGAGACAGGUCUGUGAGUCACAUUCUCCAUUAAUUGAUGACACUAAACACUAAAAUGAUCCUGCUUGGAUUGCUGCCUUCUUGGACCAAGCCAGAAUAACUGGGGCUUACUGUCAGUUUUAUACACUACUUCAGCUCAGCUGGAGUUGAUGUGAUGCUUCAUGCGCAUGUUGUAUUGCUUUUAUUGGUGAUACUGACUACAUGUUUGGAGGACAUCGUAAUGCGGCAUGGGUGGUGUUGGUAAUUAGGAAGUACACUAUUUAGAGCAAGAAAAGCCACUAUUUAGUCUGGUGUAUCUUCUCCUGAGUCUGACGGAGAACUGGAAGCCAAGUAGAAUAUCAUACUACGAGUAUGUAAUUAGGGUUUUUUUCUGCAUAAGAUUUAGUGAGUGCAAUCAGACUUGCUGUCUUGUUUGUGAAACACUUUGUGGCAAGUUAUUUUUGUCACCAAAACCGUAAUGAGGAACACGCAUAUGUUGAUGUUGUGUGAACGAAGUAAACUUUGAUUAGUUUGUACUGUAGCUUUAACCUGUGUUAGACCAAACAAAUACCUAAGACACAACACUGUAUAAACAUGCUUUGUUUUUAGGUAGAAUUAUAUCGAUAAAGGUUUUUAAAGAUACAGAUUCUGAUAUUUUUUGAACUGAAGCUGCCUAUAGCUGAAGCUUGGUGGCAAUAUCCAAUGUAUCUAAAUUUGAAAAUUACUAUGCAAAAUACAGGGGUUAUUCCCUUUUUAUUAAUAACAUAUAAUUUGAAUUAACAAAUGGGAAUAAAAGAUAUAGAAAACGGAAAAGAAAGCUGCUCUGCAUCUACAAAAAAACUGCUACAACUUAGUUAAUUAUUGUUUGAUCAACAUUGAUUGACUAUUAACAACAAAUAUUGACAUUUAACAUUCUGUGCUAUUAACAACAGAUAUUGAACUUCUCUGUUUGAAUUAACAAUCCAGCCAACGAAUGCUAAUGUUAAUAUUAGCAGCCUUAAGUGGUUGAAUUUGGCCGCAUUACAUUCCUACCUGAACUGAACUGUCAGGAGUUAAACCACUCAUUUCAAGGGUAAGUUAAACGAUGAUUACUUUGCCAGUUUCAGCAGCUCACAAAUGACUUAAUUUACCUUUUUAUUUGUAGAUAUCCAGGUGACCAUCUCUCCCAAAGACAGUAGUUGCUAUAUCAUUCAAUUCCUUUUGUUUGCAAAUAAAGGAACAAAAUGGACAGCUCAGGAGGUGGAUCAAAGUAAUCAGUUUAACAGUAAUGUCCUCUCAGGUGAUUCCAAAUGCACUUAAAUGGAUAUUAAUUUGAAGGUUUAUGUUGGUUUAGUACCUACUGAACAUUUGUUUGUUCCAGGCAUACGUCGGUUAGACCACCGGUUACAGUGAAAACUUAAGAGCUGCAAUAAGAAAACUCCACAUUCAGUAAUAAAUUAUUUUUCUAAACGUUUGGGAACACUACAAGCAGUAGAGAACCAAAGAUGAUCAGACAUUUAAUUUUGUGUGAAGUUUGUAUUUGACACUCUACACAUCACCAGUUGGUUUAAUUGUAUCGAUCAAGAAAAUAGAAAAAUUUGACUAUUGCCCAGUCCAGUUUCCAGUAAACAAUUUUACACUUGAAAGCUGCUGUGCACAAUGUAAACCAUUACCAGCCACUUUCCAGUUUUUACUGGGUUGUUUUGCUCAGGGGCACCAUCUAUCUGAGCACACUUUCUUAUCUAUUAAGAGGAUCAGCUAAUAUUACCAAGAGGCUAUACUUUAUUUUUUUAUUAUUUAUAUAUAUAUAUAAAAAAAAAUGCCUUUUGAAGGUAUUUUCAAUUUAUACGUACUAUUUAGAACGACUCAUGGCACAGCAGAUACUCGGUCAUUUAUUUAUUGAAUUUCCUUUUUCAUCUUCAUUCCAAAACCACCAUGGGCUUUGAGGAAACACCAAAGAUGUAUCAGUGCCACCUAGUGCCAGAAAUGUCCUUGUUGAAAAUGGUCAUCAAAUAAUGUUAGUACUACAAAAUAAACUAAUGUAUUUAAAGUGAUUCAUCCAAUAAAAAGAAAACCUAAUGGACA